AAAAUAAGAAAAAAAAAAAAACAAAAAAAAGAAAAGAAAAUAUACGAGAAGUUUAACUUUCAGAGCUGUACAUAAAGGCCGGGACGUGUAGAAAACCCGUUUUUACCAAUACCGAAACCACUGGAUGUUAUUUUAAAUAAAGCGCGUGAGAAGCCCGGCGCCUCGCUGUGCUCUUGGGGGGCUGCGCCGGGGUCCCUUUUUCCCCCCUCCGUCUGCUGUUCCUUUUCCCUUCCAGGAGCCGCUUUUCCCUUCCAGGACCUCGCGUGCACCCCGUGUUCAGGUCGUCGGGCGGUCAGGGGUCACGUGGAGUGCGCUUACUUCCGGUCACGUGACAGAACCGCACUUCCGGUCACGUGUCGAACGUGUUUCCGAUCACGUGUGGGGUACUGGCGGAAGCGGUUCGCUGGCGCCGGGCGGAAGUGGGGCGGUGGCGGCAGCGGCGGACCCGGGGCCAUGGAGGAGCCCGGCCCCGGUCCGGUCGCGCAGAGCCCGGCGGAGCGCAGCGCCCCGGGAGCGGAAGGAGAGCCCCCCCGUGGUCCCUACACGGCCUUCAUGAAGUCACACCGCUGCUACGACCUCAUCCCCACCAGCUCCAAACUCGUCGUCUUUGACACCUCCCUGCAGGUGAAGAAGGCUUUCUUUGCACUGGUCACCAAUGGUGUGCGGGCAGCUCCGCUGUGGGACAGCAAAAAGCAGAGCUUUGUGGGCAUGCUGACCAUCACCGACUUCAUCAACAUUCUGCACCGCUACUACAAGUCACCCAUGGUGCAGAUCUAUGAGCUGGAGGAGCACAAAAUUGAGACGUGGAGAGAGGUGUACCUGCAGGACUCCUUCAAGCCGCUGGUCUGCAUCUCCCCCAACGCCAGCCUCUUUGACGCCGUCUCCUCCCUGAUCCGGAACAAAAUCCACCGCCUCCCCGUCAUCGACCCCGACUCGGGCAACACUCUCUACAUCCUCACCCACAAACGCAUCCUCAAGUUCCUCAAACUCUUUAUUGCAGAGGUCCCGAAGCCCGACUUUAUGGCCCGCACCCUGGAGGAGCUGCAGAUCGGUACCUACAGCAACAUCGCCGUGGUGAGCGCCAGCACCCCCAUCUACGUGGCUCUGGGCAUCUUCGUGCAGCACCGCGUUUCUGCUCUGCCUGUGGUCGAUGAUUCGGGGCGGGUGGUGGACAUCUACUCCAAGUUCGAUGUGAUUAAUUUGGCUGCUGAGAAGACCUACAACAACCUGGACGUGACGGUGACGCGGGCGCUGCAGCACCGCUCCCAUUACUUCGAGGGCGUCCUCAAGUGCUACAAACACGAGACGUUGGAAGCCAUCAUCAACCGCCUGGUGGAGGCUGAGGUGCACCGUUUGGUGGUGGUGGAUGAGAGCGACGUGGUGAAAGGCAUCGUCUCCCUCUCGGACAUCCUCCAAGCCCUGGUUCUCCCCGAGGGCUCUGAGCCCUGAGCGGUGCUGUGGGGGGGACUCAGCCCAGCUCGGUGCCCCCCCGCCCUCCCCCUCCUUUCCCGGGGGGGUCGCACACACCAGCAGCAGCAGCAGCAGCAAUAAACCGGCUGUGGGGCAGGGGCAGCUUCUACCUCCCCCUCCCCACCGGGUGCUUGGGCAGCCCCCAACCCCUCAGUGUGCUCCUAUGGGGCGACUGAUCCCGGCUGGGGGGGGGGCUGGCGGGGGGGCUGCAUGGAGCCGGGGCUGGGGGCGUCCCGGCCCCACAUAGCUUUAUUUUUCCCCCACUCUGCUCCCCUCACUGCCACCGCUUUGUGUGCGGAGAGAAAUGGCAAAUAAACACAGACCUGGCACCAA